CCGGAUUUACCACCGUACGCGCUCGGACUACUGAUAAUCCGCUGAACGAAAAACGCCAGUCAAAUUCUACUGGAAGUCGUGUUUCAUUUAGUUUAAUUGUGGGAUCACCGCAAGGAGCCAUAAACAGUGUCUUAAAUGACACUCACGAAAAGUGCUUUGCUUGAACUCUCUGGAAGUUUGCGGAUGUUCAUCUCCAAGUAAAUGGAUUAUAAUUGCGUUUAUUAUUUGGAAGCGGAUAGGAACCCUCGUCAUAUCGAUAAGUGCGUCUUGUUGAGGGUAUGACCGACAAAUAGCGGAAUGCAUUGGCGUGAAUCCGUUUAUUCACUGCUGCGUGACAGUUUGGAAAACCUUAUCUGAUAUUAACAGACUGUGGAUUUUUUACACCUUACAUAGAGUUGAAUACGCGCUGCAUUUUGGCGACCUGACUAGCUGCAAAGACACCACUGUGAAUAACGUUGCAUACUGGAACUCAUAACAUAAAUUGCGGAUCUUGAGAGCAAAUUUGGAUUCCAGCUUAUAUACUUUUAGAUAUAAGGAGAGGGAGGGAGACUGUUAUUUACCUGUAAUGAAUCGAAAUGUUUGUCAUUUCGAUGAUUUUCUGCUCCGCUAACAAAUAUAGGCUAUUGUAAAACACGUUUUCCAAACAUUGGUUCUGGUUGUGAGAACAUCAAAAUGUCCAUGUUUCUUAAUGUAAAGUAGAAUGUCAUUCAGCGAAACAUUCCUGGAAGCGUUCUCUCAACAUAAUUUGUAUUAGGCUAACAAAUUAACAUUAGCAUAACUCUCCUGGAAAUGCGCUCUCAAUUUAACAAAUGACAUUAGCAUCCUGGAAACCUUCUUUCAAAUGAAUUUGUAUUAACAAAUUAACAUAACUCUUGUGAAAACACAACACAGUGCUCACUAUCUUGUAGGCUAUUACAAACUUGGCAUUUCAGAACAUUGUAUCGUUUAUGUUUAUAUUUGACAUAUGACUAAGAACAUUGUUAGACCUUCACUGUCAGCUAAAAUAUCAGAUGCUAAUGGUUCAAACAACUAAGAACGUUUCUACUAAUUACGUUUCUCCUUUAAAAUAUUAAUUACAUCAUAAGAACGUGUGUUCCUAUCAUUGCCUUCAGUAAGGUAUAGCGUUUUCAACUUUAAAGAAAGAGGAAUCUAUAGGUCAUGGGAGAGGCGUCUCCGACCCAAGCCACCCCAAGUGGAUUUGCACCUAUGUUAGGCGUUGGGAUGGUAGGAUCAAUCACGCCAAUUGCCACUUCAAGAGGAUCAGUAGUCCCGCAGCUUCACAGCGCUAUAGUUAAACGCUUGCGUGCCAGAAUUGAGCUGUGCCGACGGCAUCACUCCACCUGCGAGAGCCGCUAUGAGCGCGGCCAGGCAGAAAACUCGGACCGUGAACAUGAGAGCACACUUCAUCUCUUAAACAUCGUCCAUCAGGGUCCCGGGAACAGGAAAACCAAGGGCAACAGAUCAGGCUCUCAGCAGCCACCUGAAUACAACCGUGUGAAUGGUGAACAGAAAGUCCGCAGUUCGACGGAGACAGAACCCAAAAUUUCUUCGCAAAUAGCACAGGGACUGAGGAGAAAGAUUGAAGCACAAUCUCCUGGAUACAAUCCCAAGCAGAAUGGACUAUCAUGUGGGGUCUCUGGAUCCGACUUCAAGCGCCUCUGUGUGGAACCCAACCCUUUUCGACCUGGUUCCUGUUCUAUGGCUUCAGGACAUUCUCAAAAUUUGGUUGGGGAUGCCUCCCAGGGUAACCUGCUUCGAAGGAAGGACACCUUCAUGAUGUCCCAUGAAGUUAGCAGCGAUCACUUCAACAUAACUUUGAGGGAUAUGAAGAAGGAGCCAAUUGAGGUUCAGACUUGCAGCCAGACAUUGACAGAUCCUGCCAUGUUGGCGUUUGAAUUCAAAGAGGAAGGAAAUGGACAGAUUGACCCAGAGCUCCAGGACUUGUUUGAUGAGCUCACCAAGUCAGUGCCAUCGCUCAAUGAUCUGGAGCUGGAGAAGAUGCUAAAGCAAGAUGAUGACUUUGAUUUGGAUCUGGGCCGACCAAGUUCAGUUGGUGCAGCUCCUACUUGUAUUCACCUAGAUAAGCCAAUUAAGACAGAGUAUACACCAGAUUUUAGCCAGACAGCUGGAGGAUCUCCACAGUUAAGACCAUCCUCCGCUGGACCUUCCUUCUCCUUGGCCAACACAACUUUAUCCACCUCACCGAUCACUUCAGAGCAGAUGAAUCAUGGUCAGGUACCUACUGCGGUUCCUUCUAGAGGUCUUUCAACAUGGCCUGAGAUGUCACAUGCUGAGCAGCUGAAACAAAUGGCUGCUAACCAACAACAUCCAAACUCUAUGCUUCGUAACCACCAACAGAGUCAAGCAGGAGGGGUGAGGAACUGGUCUUCAGCCUUGGAUGUUCACCAAACACCUACUUCUUUCAAUCACGAGACCAUUCCCAAUAAUGUUUCCCUUUCUCAGCAGAGAAUCAGCUCUCAGAGUACUGGUCAAGCCAAAGGCAUACCCAACUGCUUUCUCAAGCCCAAUGGAUUCAACCCCUCCCAUCACAUCGACUCAAAGGUUCUCGGCAGUAAGCCACUGCUGAAUUUCAGGCUUAAAGCACCACCUUCUACCACAGGCCAACAGAUGCCCCUUAUGGCUGUUACACCAAACAAAGCAACCAUGCAACAGCAGCAGCCCUCUACAGCAGGCCAGGUCAUGCACUUUCAGAACUGCCAGCUGCCCAUGCAGCCUUCACUCUGUCUACAAGCUAAGCCCCUAAGUCAAAGGCCUCAACUCAGUCAGCAUGGUCCAGCAAUCAAUUUCAAAUUGGCACAGCAGAGACAGGGUAUUUUACCAGGACCUCGUUUACCAGCGAAUGGUCGACCUGUAGAUAUAUCUGGGCAGGUCCAACAGCAGAGGUCAGCUGUUCUUAAUUCACAGAAAAAUCCAGGCCAGGACCAGAAUAUUCAGAGACAACUGGGCCAGUCACAGCACAGCAUCACUGAUAUAGAAAAACUCAGCACACAAGAUCAGUUUAGUCGUCAUCUCACAAGACCGCCACCAGACUACAAACAACCACACAAUGGAGUUGGAGCUCAGCAGCCAAGCUUAUACUCAGGCAAUGGGUCAGACCAAAGUAACAUCCAGCCCAUAUCUUGCCACCUGCCCAAUGGACAGGCUACCAAGAUGGUGCUUAACUCAGGAGAGCGAAGGUUUCCCCUUGGACAAGACCAUAAUCCAAGACCCACACAGGCUCAAGCUUGCGUAAGCCAGCUACGACAGCAACCUAACAGCCAGACCCGAAUGGGCCUUCCACGAAGCAAGCCUCAGUUCCAUGGGACUAACAACCAGAGUGCCACUUUCCAAUCUAGCACUCAGCAUGCCAGGACAAGUGUCACUCAAGAUGCCAUGCUGGGUCAAAAACUGUCUGAAAUGACCUCCAAUACCAACAGGAUGGACACUGCUUUGAGCUGGGCAACUAGUGCCAAACAGUGUGGGACGCUAUCAAGGCUGGAUGUCAAACGGCUCCCCAAUGUAGUGGCACCCCAAAGUAACAAUAAUUUCCCCCCAAGACCUGUUUGUGCACCCAACCAGGUAGCACCUCACUCUAGCCUGCUACCUAUAAACACUGCAAUAAGAGGUUCUGCUCCCAGAUCUAGCCAGCCCAGAAUACCCCCAUUACCUGGGGUCACUUGCCUGAAUCAGUCCACUGCUGAACAGCAAGGAUGCCCGACCCCAUUUGCAGGGAUGAGCCAAAGCCCAGCAACCUAUCAGAACAACCGGGCAGGGCGGCUGACCUUUGACUUCUUACAGGAGGAUGAUAAUACGGUACCCGGGAUCAAUGCAGACUCUGAUUUUAUCGACUCUCUGCUUAAAUCUGGUUCAGGCAAUGAUGAUUGGAUGAAAGACAUUAAUCUGGAGGAAAUUCUAGGAGGUCAUUCGUAAACAGACUCAAGGCACAAGAAUUUUGGAGCAGCAUUUUGCCAGAAGCCAGAAGUGAUAGGCCUUUUAAUAUAUUUUAUUAUCUUUGUAUUUCUGUGGAAAAAUUUACUAUACUACUUUGGGUUGUUUUUUUUUCCAUAUCAUCUACUAACAUAUUGUAAAGUUUCAUGUUCAUGUUUCUUUAAGGGAUCACCCAAAAAUGUUAAGUCUGUCAUAAUAUUUACUCAACCUCAUGUCAUUCCAAAUCUGUAUGACUUUCUUUCGUGUAACACAGAAAGAAAUGUUAAGCAGAAUGUUAGAGACUGAUGACCUGAGUUUGAAGACAGAUUUUAAAGUAACUGCACCCUGUAAAUCUGUACAUUGCUGUAGGGAUAAAGAAUGAAUUGAAAUAAACUCUAAAUUGCGAUAUGACAUUUGGCGAUUAUCAAUCCGCAAAGGCUGCAAUUUAAUUAAAUAAAUAAAUAGCCUGCAUGCUGUAUGUGCGCAGCUCUGUUUGAGUACUGUAUAAUCAGACAUACGCACACAUGAGGCUAAUGAGAUGAGCGUGUUAUAUUUACAGCGCUCUAGAUUCACUAAAUGCAACUUUGUGUUAUUCCAAAUAUGCUUGGCCCCUAAAAGUUACUUUCCAAAUAUAAAGUAACCUCAUAACACUGUGAUUCUGUGGACAGAAGAGUGAAUGAGAGCAUUUCUCUGCAUUAAAUGGCCUUGUAAACUCUCCUACAAAAGGAAAUGCCUUCCUUCAGUGUUCUGCUAAAAUAAAAGCUUUCGCCAAUAUAAAGGCUUGUUGUUUUAAUCUGUCGCAUUCAAGUUAAGAAAAUAUUACCUAAAUAUGGUACUGUUAAUGAUGAAAAGUGGGCUGUGACCCUAAUCCAAAGUGGGCAUAAACACAUACAUAGUGAACAGAUACAAUGUGAAGAGAAUGUGAAUCUGUCCCCACCCCCUCUACCUUUUGCUGUAUUUUUUAUUUAAGUUUUUAGUCCAGUUCUUUUUAAGAAGACUCAAGUGUGAACACCCUUUCUUAAACAGUAUUUCUAUUGGCAGUAGAGCAUGUUUGCCCAUGUCUUAAUUUUUUGUCAAAAAUAAACGCUUUGUUUUUUUAAAGGUUAAUCAUUAUUUAAUCAUUAAUUCUAAUUUCAAUCACAAUAUUUGUUCAAAAUAAUCACAAUAUAUUUUUUUGUCCAAAUUGUUCUGACCUACAUUC